GUCUUUACCACUUGAUCAUGCAUGUCAGCGGAGCUGUUUUUUGUCGCCGGUCGAAGGUGGGGGGUAGAGCUGAUCUCUUCGGAGUUACAUGCACAGCUCGGACUUACUUAAGGGGUCAGUCCCACAUUUUCUUGUGACUAUUCAUAGGCCACCCCGCUUUUGCCUUCAUCUUCUGGCCUGUUUGAAACGUCCCGUGGAAUACAUUGUGAAACUGAACAAGAUUCGUUGAUGAAUCUAGACAAGAUCAUCUAGGGCAAAUACGCAUUUGUUACAUAUAUGUGGAAAAUGUCCUCUACACAUGAACAAAGUUCAAAUAUGUCUGUUCCCUCUUCCGCUUACUCACCACUUCCACCGAAGUCAUAUACACGAAUGAUCCGCCUUUUGCCAGACAAGGAUAAGGACGCCCCAAUCAGAUGUGAACUUUUCAGCUACAAUUUAUCACGCUCAAGCAACGGGGGGCAUCUUUAUGAGGCACUUUCCUAUGUUUGGGGAAGCCCAGCCAGAUCCCGUUCCAUCAUCCUCAAUGGCUGUACUUUUCCAAUAACGGAAAGCCUUCACACCGCAUUGUUGCACCUCCGGGACAGUCAGCUAGACAGAGUAUUAUGGGUUGAUGCGAUAAGCAUAAAUCAGGAUGAUGACAGCGAGAAGGGCAAGCAGAUCCCACUCAUGCGGAUGAUUUAUGCACAAGCCAGACGUGUUGUUGUCUGGCUAGGAAUGGACUGGGGAUACGGGGAUAAAGCGCUUGAAUUACUCGGUUCUCUUGGCAGAAAACAGAAUACAGAGUCAAUAAAUGAGAAAGAUCGGGAGAGAUGUGAGGCGUUGCUACAACGAGACUGGUUUCGCCGUAUCUGGGUACUGCAAGAAGUGGGGGUCGCUCAGUCUAUUUCUAUCAUGUGUGGUGCUGUUCAGAUCAAUGGACAUAUUUUUUGUGAGGGUCUAGAUAAUCUGGGGCCUUCUUCCACACUCAUGGCUAGAAUAAGCCCGGUCUCUUAUCUUAUCAAAGGUGCACUCUUCCGGUCUCAUGGUAGGGAUCUUUCCGUUCCUACACUUUCGAUUGGUGAGCUUGUCAGCAUGUACCGGAAUCAUAAUGCAACAAAACAGCAUGACAAGGUGUAUGCAUUACUGGGCUUAAGUUCCGACUGGAAUAGUGCUGCCUUGGUCCCAGAUUAUGAGCUUCCAUGGCAUGAGGUCCUCAGGCGAGUCACACAACAUGUUUUUCCGAAAUGUUCUGUGGAGAUAUGCUAUGGGUCAGAAACAGCUAUUAUCAAAGGUAAAGGAUGGAUUUUGGGUUAUAUCUAUUCAACCAGCGACUCUCUACAAGACAGUCAACAAACUUUCAAAGUUGCUUUCAAUAAAAUUUGCCAGAAGCUGGGAUAUCGUGAUAAGUGGAAGGCUGAAUGGAGUCUACAAGCUUCUGGAGAGUUACUUCAAGAUGGUGAUAUUAUCUGUCUUCUUGAAGGCCUGUCACAGCCAAGUGUACUCAGAUUAUGUGCUGAUUACUACACGGUGGUAACACCUGUGGUGAGACCUAAGCAACAGGUACAGAAUACCGAGGAUGAUGUGACGGUCCGUGAAAACUGUUCUGCACAUGGUCUGUGUGAUUUUUUCAUGGGCUGGAAGGUAUCCGAGCUGGAACAUGAGACUGAUGGAGAAUGCCUAUCAAAGCUUACUGAGAUUACACCAAAGUAUUCUAAAGAACAUUGUGAAGCUGAGCGAAGACUGAACUAUACAACGACUGCUAUGGUAGAUGCUGCAAUGCAGUUAUUGAAACUGGGAGAAACUGGAAAAAGAGCAUUGGAUAAUAUACUAUUCAAGGGCAGGAUGAAAGGCGUGGAUACUAAUUUUCUUCUCUCGCAAAGUGACGGCAGAGUCUCCGAGGAUUUGAUAACUGCAGCUGCGGCAGUUCUGUGGCAAAAGCAUGAGUCCCCCUAUGCCUGGCAGAAGUUGCUCACAGUUGCAGUACGGGAUACUCAACCCUGCGGAUUUAUUGUUACAAGCAUUCUCCUGCAGCGUCUACAGGACAAGCUACCAGUUUCUGAAGAGGUGGUCAAGGCAGCGGCAGCGAAUGAGUAUCAAGGGCAUGAGAUCAUGCAGCUGCUGCUCGAGCAUCGUGGGAACAAGCUACCAGUUUCUGAAGAGGUGGUCAAGGCGGCAGCAGCGAAUGAGAGACAAGGACAUGAAAUCAUGCAGCAACUGCUGCUGGAGCAUCAUGGGAACAAGCUACCAGUUUUUGAAGAAGUGGUCAAGGCGGCGGCAGCGAAUAAGAGACAUGGGGAUGAGAUCAUGCAGCAACUGUUGGAGCAUUAUGGGGACAAGCUACCAGUUUCUGAAGAUGUGGUCAAGGCGGCGGCAGCAAAUGAGUGGCAAGGAUAUGAAAUCAUGCAGCUGCUGCUGCUGGAGCAUCGUGGGGACAAGCUACCAGUUUCUGAAGAAGUGGUCAAGGCGGCGGCAGCGAAUAAGGGACAAGGAGAUAAGAUCAUGCAGCAGCUGCUGCUGGAGCAUCAUGGGAACAAGCUACCAGUUUCUGAAGAAGUGGUCAAGGCAGCGGCAGCGAAUGAGGGACAAGGAUAUGAAAUCAUGCAGCAGCUGCUGGAGCAUUGUGGGAACAAGCUACCAGUUUCUGAAGAGGUGGUCAAGGCGGCGGCAGCAAAUAAGGGACAAGGGGAUAAGAUCAUGCAGCAGCUGCUGGAGCAUUGUGGGAACAAGCUACCAGUUUCUGAAGAAGUGGUCAAGGCGGCGGCAGCGAAUGAGUAUCAAGGAGAUGACAUCAUGCAGCAGCUGCUGGAGCAUCAUGGGAACAAGCUACCAGUUUCUGAAGAUGUGGUUAAGGCGGCGGCAGCAAAUGAGAGACAAGGGGAUAAGAUCAUGCAGCUGCUGUUGGAGCAUCAUGGGGACAAGCUACCAGUUUCUGAAGAGAUGGUUAAGACAGCGGCAGCGAAUGAGAGACAAGGGGAUAAGAUCAUGCAGCUGCUGUUGGAGCAUCGUGGGGACAAGCUAUCAAUUUCUGAAGAGGUGGUUAAGGCAGCGGCAGCGAAUGAGAGACAAGGAUAUAAGAUCAUGCAACUGCUGCUGAAGCAUCGUGGGGACAAGCUAUCAGUUUCUGAAGAGGUGGUUAAGGCAGCGGCAGCGAAUAAGGGACAAGGAUAUAAGAUCAUGUUACUGCUGCUGGAGCAUCAUGGGAACAAGUUACCAGUUUCUGAAGAGGUGGUCAAGGCGGCGGCAGCGAAUAAGGGACAAGGGGAUGAGAUCAUGCAGCAACUGCUGCUGGAGCAUCAUGGGGACAAGCUACUAGUUUCUGAAGAGGUGGUCAAGGCGGCGGCAGUGAAUGAGUAUCAAGGGCAUGAAAUCAUGCAGCAACUGCUCGAGCAUUGUGGGAACAAGCUACCAGUUUCUGAAGAGAUGGUCAAGACAGCGGCAGCAAAUAAGGGACAAGGGUAUAAGAUCAUGCAGCAGCUGCUGGAGCAUCGUGGGAACAAGCUACCAGUUUCUGAAGAAGUGGUCAAGACAGCAGCAGCAAAUAAGUGGCAAGGACAUGAAAUCAUGCAGCAGCUGCUGGAGCAUCAUGGGGACAAGCUACCAGUUUCUGAAGAGGUGGUCAAGGCGGCGGCGGCAGAGCAAUGGAAGCAGCCUACAUAAUCAUGUGGCAGCAAAUUUUUUUAAAAUCAUGUCAUCUAUCCCCCAUAUUUUCUAACCUCUUUGCAAAAGAAGGGCCUGGGAUGGCAAGGGUUUAUCUACGAUUGUCGUUAGUUACGAAGAACUGUCCAGGACUUUCCGGGUGAUUCCGCAGAAUUAUGUCAGUUUGCCACCUAACAUUAUGUGUCCGGAUAUUACGGGACUGUGUUUCACUAGCAUGACAUCACGUUGCUGCGGUGUCGUUUGAUUUCAGGGCAGCGCUAUACCAUACGUAAUCGGACAAUGAAGCGGCGCGACAACGAGCCGCCGCUCUACCUACCAAAUAUAUAACGAUCAAUCAAAAUCAAAG